AUGCAUUCCGAGUACGUUCCCGCAGCCAUUCUCUUCUCGCCUGAAGACUUACAGCACUUCACUAAGUGGCAGGAAGAGCACGGUGUAGGCUCGCUGCCUGGUAUUGUUCGAAAUGCCACAGAGUAUUGCGAGUUUCUUGCACAUCGGCGCACUGACGAAGAAAGCAUCAAGCUCAAGCGCGGCAACAUACGGACGCGAAAUAGAAACCCUGCGACCAUGUGCGGACAUGGACUGCAUCCUUCAGACAUCAUCACCGGCGGGUAUUGCCCAGCCUGCGAAGUAGAGAUGUGUGUCGAGUUCCUCGAUGCGCUUGGCAAGGUAUUCCAGAAAUGCGGUGGCCCCUGGCAGGAAGCGCGCGUUCGCAAUGAGUUCGCUCUAGUCAGACAGUGUUGGCACCUGGCACGCUAUCAGUUGGUCGAGCUUGUGGAGCUUCUGGAGUGCUCGCAGAAGUAUGAAGAAGCGUGGGAGAAACAGCAUCCAAGCGACGUAGGGUGUAUGUGGACGACAAACAGCUCUUCGAAAGCGAUACGUAAUGCGCAGAUGCGAACGAGAUACCCAGCUGUACUGACGGACGCCAAUCCCAGGCCUGCAGUAAAGCGAAAGCUUUCAUCGUUUGACGUAGCGAGGGCAAAGGUCGCGAAGGCUCGAGUGAAGAAACACGUCACUUUCACACCAGACACCAUUACCUGGCCCACCCGCAGCAACGCCUGCUUUAAUCGCAACCCGGAGCAGCGCCAGAGUUACCAACCUGGUAGGCAUGCUGCUCCACUUGGGUUGGAGUGGAUUGACACAUCGCGAAUGUCCUCUUCGAUAGCAGAUCUCCUGAACCUGAAGGUAUACGCAACCUAUGUCCAGGCUGAAUUUGACGCCUUGGUCGACGACUCGUCUCUCAGACCCCCUAGUCGCUACCAGGGUAUACUAUCCCUCCACCCCGGUAUACAAGCGAUUUCAGCGUUUGCCAACCAGUUCUUGCAAGGUGCGGAAACGGCGCGGGAGGAGAUGCUCGAGAUGAUUAGCGUCGCCGACGCCCUUAUAGUCCUCAUCGGGGAAGAGGAUGUGGUGGUAGACAUGCAUCUCUCUGUUUCGGACGAUGUGGAGGAUGAGGAUGGUUAUGGCGACGAAGAGGUGGAUCAGACAAGGUGGACCUGCUGGUCCAAGUGCGGCAAUGAGGCAAAGCCUGACGUUGGUGGAGCAGCUGGUCUAGCUGCCAAAUUCGCUGUUGACGACGAGAAGGCGCGGAAGAUGUCAGAAGAUAGAUGA